GGGACCUGGGGCAGCCCGGCCUGACCUCGACCUCGCCCGAGCCGGCCCGACCGGCUAGUGCCACCCGGUCAGCGCAGGCCCUGGCCCGCGAGCCCCUCCCUCCACCUUCUCCCCGCCCUGGCGCCCGGCACGGGCCGCGCUCCCUCCCAGCGGCGGGGCCCGUAGGCGGCCAUGGCGGCGGGCGCCGGGGGCAGGCCCGCGCCGCGCUGGCUGAAGGCGCUGACCGAGCCGCUGAGCGCGGCGCAGCUGCGGCGGCUGGAGGAGCACCGCUACAGCGCGGCGGGCGUCUCGCUGCUCGAGCCGCCGCUGCAGAUCUACUGGACCUGGCUGCUCCAAUGGAUCCCGCUGUGGAUGGCCCCCAACUCCAUCACCCUCCUGGGCCUGGCCAUCAACUUGCUCACCACGCUCGUGCUCAUCUCCUACUGCCCCACGGCCACCGAGGAGGCACCAUACUGGACAUACCUUUUAUGUGCACUGGGACUCUUUAUCUACCAGUCACUGGAUGCUAUUGAUGGGAAACAAGCCAGAAGAACAAAUUCUUGUUCUCCUUUAGGGGAACUUUUUGACCAUGGUUGUGACUCUCUUUCAACAGUAUUUAUGGCAGUUGGAGCUUCAGUUGCUGUGCGCUUAGGAACUCAUCCUGACUGGUUGUUUUUCUGCUCUUUUAUUGGGAUGUUCAUGUUUUAUUGUGCUCAUUGGCAGACUUAUGUUUCAGGCGUGUUGAGGUUUGGAAAAGUGGAUGUAACUGAAAUUCAGUUAGCUUUAGUGAUGAUCUUUGUGUUGUCUACAUUUGAAGGAGCAACAAUGUGGGACUAUACGAUACCCAUUCUAGAAAUAAAAUUGAAGAUCUUUCCAGUUCUUGGAGUAGUAGGUGGAGCAAUAUUUUCCUGUUCAAAUUAUUUCCAUGUCAUCCUCCAUGGUGGUGUUGGCAAGAAUGGAUCCACAAUAGCAGGCACUAGUGUCUUGUCACCUGGACUCCACAUAGGAAUAAUUAUUAUAUUGGCAAUAAUGAUCUGUAAAAAGUCAGCAACUAAUGUGUUUGAAAAGCAUCCUUGUCUUUAUACCCUUAUGUUUGGAUGUGUCUUUGCUAAAGUUUCACAAAAAUUGGUGAUAGCUCACAUGACCAAAAGUGAACUGUAUCUUCAAGACACUGUCUUUUUUGGCCCAGGUCUUUUAUUUUUAGACCAGUACUUUGAUAAUUUUAUAGACGAAUAUGUUGUUCUUUGGAUAGCAAUGGUCAUUUCUUCAUUUGAUAUGAUGAUGUACUUUAGUGCUUUGUGCCUGCAAAUUUCAAGACACCUUCAUCUAAAUAUCUUCAAGACUUCAUAUCAUGAAGCACCUGAACAGGUUCAAGUUCUUCCUUCAAAGAGUCAUCAGAAUAACAUGGAUUGAAGAGACUUUCGAACACUUGCCAUCUCUUGCUGCUGCUGUUACAUGAAAGGAAAUAUUAAACAUUUGUUUAAUUUUUAGAUAAGUGUUAUACAUAUUUCAGCAAAUAAAAUAUUUCAAUGCUUGCA